AUGAGGCUUUUUGUAAAGUUCUGCUGCGGGGGUCGCAGCACUCCUGCUGCUGCAACAACCCCCCAGGAGCAGCAGCAGCAGCAGCAGCAGCAGCAGGAUCUAUGGAGCCGGAGUCUGUGCUGCUGCGGCACUAGCUGCCGCCCCUUCUCAGCAGCAGCAGCAGCAGCAACUGACAGUUGUGUGUAUGUAGAUGAGCAGCAGCAGCAGACAGUUGGCCAUUUAAAGCAGCAGCUGCUGCAGUUGCUGCUUCGUGGAUCUUUUUCCUCAGAUGGACAAUUUAACAGCAGCAGCAGCUGCAGCAGCAGCAACAACAACGAUUGCUGCAGCAGCAGCAGCAGCAGCUUGCUGCAGCUGCGGCUGCAGGGAUUUAUGCUGCCUAAUGAGCAGCCAUUGGCUGUUCUUAGGGAUGGGGAUAUCCUCUCUGCAUGCUUACAUCAGCUUAAUCUAAGGCAUGCGCAGCAGCAGCAGCAGCAGCAGCAGCAGCCACAGCAGCAGCAGCAGCCGCAGCAGCAGCAGCAGCAGCAGCAGCAGCAGCAAGCAGUAGAGGUUCUAGGCAGCAAACGCUGCGCACAGGAACCUGAUGGGUGCAGCAAAAGGCAAAGACAGGCAACAACAACAGCAGCAGCAGCAGCACAAUCGAAGACUGCUGCUGCUAACCGCAGGGCAGCGAGCAGCAGCAGCAGCAGCAGCAGCGAGGAAAGCGACAGCAGUGAUGACAGCAGCAGCAGCAGCAGCAGCGACGAGGACUGUCCUCGUCCUCUGCGUAUGUGUGUUGCACAUGCAGGAGCAACGCGAACCAAGCCUGCAGCAACAGCAGCAGCAGCAACUGCAGCAACUGCAGCAGCAGCAAAGCAGCCUACACCGCGAAGGCAAGUACGCCCUGGGCAUGUAAUCAUUGGCAGCAGCAGCAGCAGCAGCAGCAGCAAUAGCGACAGCAGCAGCAGCAGCGAGAGCGAAGGAGAGUCUAAUGGUAAGAGGGGAAGGACCUUGCAGCAGCAGCAUCAGCAGCAGCAGCAGCAGCAAAGAGGGAAGGAGCAGCGCCGCUUAGGACCCGGACCCCUCCCUGCUCCCCUGCAGAGACUCCAGCAGCAGCAGCAGCGCCACCAGCAGCAACAGCAGCAGCAAAACCGUCAGAUGCGUCAGCAACCGCAGCAGCAGCAGCAGGCGCAGCAGCAGCAGCAGCAACAGCAGCAGUAUCGAGGGAGAAUUGAAGGCGAUUUUGCGGGCGCAGCAGCAGCAGCAGCAGGUAAAAGAAGACCAGGAGAAGCAGCAUCUGCUGCUUCCUCCUCACCAGCUAAUGGUGCUGCAGCAGCAGCAGCAGCAACAACAACAACAACAACAACAGCAGCAGCAGCAGCAACAGAAGCAGCACCUGCAGCAGCAGAAUUUGUUGACUGGCAGGGGCCCCUGUCUGCUGCCUUAGAGAAUAAAUGGCUGCAUGCGCAGCUGCUGCUGCUGCAGCAGGGAGUGCCGCAGCUAUCGCAGCAGCAAAUCUUUCGUGUGCUGCAGGUAGACAUGCAACGUGGCCGUUUGCUGCUGCAGCCAGCAGCAGCAGCAGCAGCAGCAGGAGCAGCAGCUGCAGGAGGGAGGAGAGGGAGACAGCAGCAGCAGCAACGGAGGUGGAGGGAUUGGACAGAGUUAACGUCAGUACAAUUGCUGCCAAAGGACAAGGAAGCUCUGCAGCAGCAGCAGCAGCAGCAGCAGCAAGAGCAGCAGCAAGAGCAGCAGCAGCAACAGCAAGAGAAGCAGACGGAUGCUACAACUGGAGGCAACAGCAGCAGCAGCAACAGCAGCAGCAACAGCAGCAGCAACAGCAGCACAGGAUCCAGCCAAAAGAGCAGCAGCCCUGCGCAGUAUAGGCCGAUGCGAGAAUUGCGAGCUGCAGCAGCAGCAGCAGCUGCUGCUGCUGCUGCUGCGGAUGCAUCUCCUGCUGCAGCAGCAGCUGCAGGAACAGCAGCAGAGAAGACAACAGACACAAUAGAGAAGAGACGCAGCAGCAACAACAGCCAAGCAGCAACAGCAGCAACAGAAUCAGAUGAUUCCUCAUCCCCUACAGCAGCAGAUGCUGCUGCACGAACAGGAGCAGCAGCACCAGCAGCACCAGCAGCACCAGGAGGAGCAAGAGCACCAGCAGCAGGAGCAGCAGCAGCACCAGCAUCAACAGGAGCAGCAGCAGCAAAAGAAGCAAUAUAUCCAUGGAUAGCAACAGCACUAGUGCAUGCAGAGGAGAGAGGGAACAAACUGCAGCAGCUGCUGCUGACCACUGGUCCACUGCAGCCGCUGCAGCUGCCAGGUAGUGACACCUGGCUGCAGCAGCAGCAGCACGUAGACCUAUGGAGGAGGGCGGUGCAGGAGCAGCAGCAGCAGCAGCAGCAGCAGCAGCAGGAGGAUGAGGAAGAAAAGGGUGAUCGUGAGGUUUGGGCAGCAGCAGCAUCAGGUGCAGCAGCAGCAGCAGCAGCAGGUUGUGGUGCUGGUGUAUGUAUUCCUCUUCGUGCAUGCAAGAAUAUACUUCCUGGUGAACUAAUAGUAGCAGCAGAGCAUCUGCUGCAGCAGCAGCUGCUGCAGCUUCGUGCUGCAGUAAGGAGACAAAUAGAUUAUUAUUUUUCUCCGCAUAAUUGGCAAAGAGACACUUUCUUACAAGAGCAGUCUCGUCCCUUGUUGCUACCUGUUGCUGCAGCAGCAGGAGACCAGCAGCACCAGCAGCAGCAGCAGCAGCAGCAGCAGCAGCAGCACCAGCAGCAGCAGCAGCAGCAGCAGCAGCAGCAGGAGCAGCAGGAGCAGCAGGAGCAGGAGGCAGUCCCCUUAUCAUUAAUAAUAGGAUUUCCUCGUAUAAAUAGAUUAACAAAAGAUAUUUAUUUUAUUAUUUCUUCUAUUAAGGAAGGAUUAACAUUUGUAUUUAUAUACGGACAUAACGACGAACUAUUUCUUGUUAGGAGGAAUAAGACUAGCUAG